AUGACUGAGGUAACUGAGGUGUCUCAGAAGUCCCAAGGCAUUGGUCUCACCAAGCCUAUGGUCAUGGUCUGUCUCACAGCUGCGAUCAACUGCGCCUCAGUUGGUUACGAUUCCAGCAUGAUGUCCUCCAUCAACAUCUUGAGUUCAUUCAAGAAAGAGUUCGGCAUCACCACCAACCUCCUCGGCCUCCUUACCGCCGUGUCCAACCUGGGCGGCAUUGUUGGCGGGCUCUUUGCAGGCCAUGUUGUCGACCGCUGGGGCCGCAAGGGCGGCAUCUUUAUCUCUUCAACCCUCGUCUUCGUCUCCUGUAUCCUACUAUCCACCUCCACCACUCGCGCCCAGUUCUUUGUCGGCCGUGUUCUCGUCGGCGUCGCCAAGGCCAUUGAUAUCGCCGCCGUGCCUACCUACCUCGUCGAGCUCGCCCCGCCCUCUUCCCGCGGCUUCGUCGGUGGCCUAUACUGGGCUUGUUGGCUACUCGGUGCCAUAAUUUCCUCAGCCGUUGGGUACGGUGCGCGCAGUGUCGCCGGAGAAUGGUCCUGGAGACUGAUUUGCAUCUGCAUGGCCGGCCCGGCUCUAGGUUGCAUCGCCUUGCUGCCAUUUAUCCCCGAGUCGCCUCGCUGGCUCAUCUCCAAGGGGCAAGUGUCCAAGGGUCUCGAAGUCUUGACUGAGUACCACGGCAACGGUGAUGCCACGCAUCCCAUGGUCACUGCCCAGUUCCGUGAAAUCAACGAGACCAUCGCCUUGGAGAAGGAGAGCCAGUUCGAGUCAUAUGCCGCGUGGUGGAAAGCCUUUGCAAAGUCAAAAUCUAACCGCCACCGUAGCUUCAUCCUCCUGACCCUUGGUAUCUUUGAGCAGACUGUCGGUUCUAGCAUCAUCACCUUCUACCUCUCUCAAGUGCUGAAUCUCGCGGGUAUCACAUCAGAGCGCGAGCAGUUUGCCAUUAACUUAGGCCAGAACUGCGUUGCCUUUGUCUCUGCUCUUACCGGUAUUUGUCUGAUUGACAAGCUGGGUCGGGUGCCCAUGCUGACGGCUGGCACGGCUUUCUGCGCAGCUGUUCUGGCAUGCAUGGCUGGACUUACGGCUGAUCAGACGGGCAACGCAGCUGGUAGGAAUGGAAUCAUUGCCAUGGUCUUUCUGUUCCAAAUGGGUUACUCUUCUACCUGGACGCCAUUGUCCUUCUCGUACUGCGCUGAAGUUCUGAAUUUUACCAUCCGCGCCAAAGGCAUGGCAUUCUACUGCAUCUUCACAUCUUCGGCCGGUUUCUUCAACCAAUACGUUAUUCCUAUUGGUCUCGCCGGCAUCGGUUGGCGCUUUUACAUUGUUGGUGUCAUCUGGAAUACCCUUAUGGCUCUGGUGAUUUACUUUACCUACAUGGAGACCAAAGGUCUUACCCUGGAGCAGAUCGACAAGCGAUUUAACGGUAUACCGCGCGAUCAACUUGAUGAUGUGAUUGAGGCAUACGAUGGCGGCAAGCCUAUCUCGGAGGACGAAUUUGACCACAAAUCCGAGGCUAUGAUAAUCCCCACGGAUGUCAAGACCUGA